UUUUUAAUUAGUUUCGCACACAUUACGUAGCAUGAAUUUGAAGCAUUAUUUUGUCGUUAUUGCUUUCUAAUCAAAGUAAACUGUUUAUAAAUCCUAAUCAAACGGAUAAACAAUAAUAAUUGAAGUUUUGUUUUGUUUUUGACAUCUGUUACGAUGCCUCAGAUGCGAACGAUUCUGCAGGUCUUCACCAAUUAUCAGAAAGCCCGAAUAAGUUUCGUUCAGACCGUUGCAGAUUUGGCCACGAAACAGCAGAAUGUGGAUGUUCUGAACCAGGCGAGGGUGUUGGAUCUGAUCAAGCCUUUGUUGUCGGAUGUUUGCCCUCAGAUCAGGCAAUGCGCGGCGAUUGCUUUAGGAAGACUUGUGGAUGCUGAUCCCGAUUUGGCGAGGAGCACCCUCAACACUGAUCUUUUACCAUCGCUAUUGGCGGAUUUGGAUGGACAGAAUAAAUAUUUUAAAAAGUCCAUCCUGUUCGUGAUUCGCUCGAUCUGCAAGCACGAUCAUAUGCUUGCGCAGACGAUUAUCGAGAACGGUGGUCUUAACGCGGUGAUCUAUUGUAUGGGCGACUUUGAGCCGAUGGUGAAGGAGAGCGCACUCUGGGCAGUCGGUUACAUCGCAAGACACGACGUGGAGUUGGCUAGGGCCGUGGCCGACGCCGGUGCCAUUCCCAACAUAGUGCUAUGCUUACAGGAACCAGAAAUAGCUAUGAAGCAGGUCGCAGCAAACGUUAUCUCCGAUAUCGCUAAGCACAGCGAGCAACUUGCACAACAGGUCGUCGACUGCGGUGCCGUCCCAUUCAUCACCAAGGCCCUUAACAACGAGGACGAAAAGCUAAAGAGGAUCGUGUUGAAUACGCUGAGUAAUAUCGCAAAGCAUUCUACGACUUUGGCAGAGGAUGUGGUCGAGGCAAACGCCUUCCCCAAUGUGCUUAUCCACCUAGCCCACGCCUGUCCCAGAGUUCGAAAGCAGGCAGCUUGCCUGGUGCGGGACGUCGUCAGACAUUCUCUGCCGCUGACGCAGAUGGUCGUCAACUUGGGCGGAAUCGGUGCACUCAUUGAGACCAUUUCCAACGACAUCUCCGAUGAGACGAGGAUGCCGUGCUUUGUGGCCCUAGGAUACAUCGCUGGUCAUAACGAUCAGAUUGCUCUCUCAGUGUUGAGCUGCAACGGCGUUAACCUGGUGGCGGACGUGCUGCAGGGAACCGACGACGAUGCUUUGCUUGCAGUCUCCGCCUGGACCCUUGGACAGAUGGGAAAGCACAGCCCGGAGCACUCCAAACAGGUGGCCGCCGCAAACGUCUUUCCGCGUCUGCUCGAACUUUACUGCUCAGACGUCUCUUCGGAGGACCUGAAGGAUAAGGCCAAGACGUGCCUUAAACAAUGCCUUCAGAAAUGCAUGUACAUGCCAGCACUCGAGCCCUUAGUUUACGAUGCUCCUCCCGAUAUUCUCAAGUACGUUCUCGGGCAAUUUGCUAAGGUAUUGCCGAGCGAUCCGAAAGCGAGGAGGAUGUUCGUGACAACGGGCGCUCUGAAGAAACUGCAGGAGAUUGAGGUAGAACCGGGCACAACCCUCAUGGAGUAUGUGACCAUCAUAAACGCUUGCUUCCCCGAGGAGAUCGUGAGAUACUAUUCGCCGGGAUACUCAGAGACGCUACUCGAACAGGUGGAGCAGUACACUCCCGAGAUGAUGAACAUACUAAGGGAUGCCAAAUACACGGCGAGCGAGGUGCAAACGGACAACGGCAUCGUCGUCGACGAGAUCAUCACAACAACUCCCACGCCUAGCAAAGAUCUCAAGUCACUGAUGCAGUAACAAAAUACAUUGCUUCCAUUCAAAUCACCAAAACAUAAUUGUCGAGUGUAUAGCAGAAACACAACAUUGAAUAUUUAACAAUGAUAAAUUAUAAUAAAUGUGAAUGUAGU